AUGGCCGAGCAAACGAGCCAGAGCUGGCAAGGUGGCCGGGUGUCGCGAGCCGGUUCGCGAUCAAGCCCCGGCCUCCCGCAACAGAGACGCUUCGAUGAAUCAUGGGUAGAGGUAUCUUCGCAACCUUCUUCGUCUUCCCUCUCCAGCAUCGGCGAUGAAAUCGUCACCACUGGGCUGCGCGUCGGUGGCCCCUAUGCCCGCCGCCGCCGCUUACAACCUCCGGCCAGGUCGCUCCCGCAGCAACCGACAGCCAUCCACGCCGCCGCCGCCGCCGAGGCAAGCAGCCAGGAGGAAUACGAGGAGAGUGAGAGCGAGAGCGAGGAUGAUCAAGUCCUAACCAGCUCGACGGAGAACGUGCACCCGUCGGAGGAGGAGAUGGAUGUGGACUCAGACGCCGACUCUGAUGGUGAUAACGUCACCGCGCUAGGGCGAGCAUCUGACCAACCCGUCUUCCGACCACAGCCAAAUGCCUUCUCACAUCCCCUAUCACAGCAAACUCAUCAGAGAAACAGCUCUGCCCCUUCAACUAUGCCACCUCCACCUCAUCCCCACAGUGGUUUUACACGACCAUCAUUCUCUCAGCGAUCUCAGGUGCGGCCCAACCAAGGAAGCCCCAACUUCAUGUCCCCCGCCAUUCGCGAAGAAAACGACGCCGCCCUGCGAGCGUCUCUGACCACACUCCUCUCUUGCGCCGCGGCUGCCCGAGGCUUGCCCAAGUCCAAGGAGGAGGCGGAAGUCCAACGGGCUUCCAACACUGGAGUGGGCCCUAGCUCGCAGCCCAUGGGGUUGCGACUGGUUGCGGAGUCGGAGUUGGAUGCGGAUCCUUCGCGGGCCCAACGUGCACGACAUGCGACCCCGACUCCACCCCGGAAACGGGGCUCGCCAACCAGAUCCGCAUCUGCGGAGAAGAUCAAGCACGGCGCCGUAACUGGCUCGGUACCACGGGCUACCAAGAAGAAGAAGAUUGCUCAGUCCGAGGAGACUCUCAUCUCUCCUACUCUCCUCACAUGGGUUGUCAGUGCUGGUGUCGUCGUCCUCGUGUCUGUUGUGGGCUUUGGGGCUGGCUAUGUCAUCGGCCGGGAGGUCGGAAAGCAGGAGGCGCUGGCGGUCAGUGUUGGCAGCGUUAACGAAACAACGUCUUGUGGCGGCGAAGUUAUUCGGUCGUCUAGCAGCGGGCUGCGGCGGCUCCGGUGGGGAGCCGUGGGGAAGAGCAUCGUCGCUUAG